UACACGGAGACAGCUGUGCACUGUGCGGGAAGUGUCGUCGGAACGUCAAAACAACGAUUGCGAGGUGAAACGACUGGCGGAGUCGACAGUGUGAAACGAAAGGGAGACGACGUGCCAGCGAUGACAAUUCAUAACUUGUACAUCUUUUCGAAAACCGGCACGUUGCUGUACUAUGCUGAGUGGAACAGAUUAAAUAAGACGGGGAUGACGAAGGAGGAGGAAGCAAAAUUAAUGUAUGGGAUGCUGUUUUCCAUAAAAUCAUUUGUAAGCAAAAUCUCACCGUUGGACCCCAAAGAAGGCUUUCUGCAUUACAAGACGAGCAAAUAUACGCUUCAUUACUUCGAAACGCCAUCGGGUCUUAAGUUUGUCUUGAAUACUGAUAAUGCAAGUCAGAAUGCCAGAGAAUUGUUGCAGCAAUUGUACAGAGAAGUCUAUCUGGAAUACGUAGUAAAGAAUCCGCUCUGCCAAUUAAAUGAACCUAUACAAAGUGAAUUGUUCAAACUGAAAGUAGAUGAACUAUUUAAAAAAUCUCCUCUAUUUCUAAGUCGUUCGUUGUAAAUAAUAAAAAUAUAAAAUUUUUGUACAUAAAAA